AUGUUUCAAAAACAAAGCAUAGCAAUCUUUCUAAUUCUUUUCUUCAUCUUUAAUGAAGUGAUGGUUAUGUAUCCUAUAACAAGAACCAAAUUUGGAUAUGCAUUGUGGGAAAUUAACGUUAGAUAUAAAGCUCCCAAAUCAAAGUUUAUUUCUUUAUUCAAGUUAAAUCAAACUUUUACCAAUAAAAGAAAGGAUUUAGUACUGUUCUACGGAGAAAAAAUGAAAGAUUUCGUUCCCCAAAUAUUACCAAUAACCGAUUUUUUAAAUGAUCAAUCUAAUCACUUCCAUGGCAAUUUUGUACGUGCAAAAAAUAUGUACGUAUCAGGAGGAUAUAUCAUAACAGACGGAAUUACGAUUUAUCAACUACGAGACUGUACUGGAGCAGAUUUUAUGUUUAAAAAUAAUCCAGGUAGAGUGAUUGGCCAUUACACGGAUGUUUUAUUGGUCGGUCAUGUAGCUACAAACAUAUUUGCACAUUUUAUCAAUGAACUUAUGAACCCGACUCUUCUCUUCCCUGAAGAAAUCCGAAAAAAGUCGCAUCUCGUAGUUAAAGGGCCUCCUAAUAUGUGGAAAGAUAUUACAUCAUUGUUCGGAUUUGAAGGAAGAACAAUUCUUCUUACAAAUAGCGAUUGGAUAUAUUGCGAGAAUCUUUAUACGAUAAUUGAACCAAGUCCUCACGGAGGAUUUUACGGACCUGCACUAUAUCACCUUCAUGGACUUUUUAGAGAAAAAUUUAAUCUGACACAUAUAGUUCCGACCAAAAUUGGGUUUUUGAAUAGAAAAGGCAAGCUAAGGAUCAUAUCUAACUAUGAUGUUUUAAUUGAAGCCGCAAAAAAGAAAUAUCCAAAAGAAAUCUUCUUUUCUAUUCCAGAUACGUUAGUAGCAUUUGAAGCUGCUAAGACAUAUGCAUCAUGCAGAAUACUUAUGACAGUCACUGGCUCAUCUUGUAUCAAUGUUAUUUAUAUGGCUGAGAAAACAUGUAUAAUUAAACUCACCAGCCCUACAGUUGAUAUGUGUAAUAUCAUUGUGCCGAAUUCUCUGAAUAUCUAUCAAGUUAAUCUGUAUUAUCCAACAAUGUCAAUGUAUUCUCCAUCAGUAACUGCUCUUGAUAUUAAUGAGUCAUUGAAAGCAUUAGAAUUGGCCUUUUAUGUCACAGAACAUAACAAAUGGCCAACAAUCAAAGAAUUCAAAUUUAUUAUGUAA